AUGCAUGAUACCACUUACGAUACUACCAUUACGACCAGCCUAAACGGCCGGGCACGCGCCUCAACCUUCCCACACGUAGCAAAGCAUUUGGAAGCAUUAUUAUCCAUCCUAGGCUCCCAGUAGCUAGCAGCUUACUUAAGCAAGGAAGCAGCAGCGCGAGAAGAGUUCAGCACAGAGGAACAUGGCGUCCAUGAUGGGAGAAGACUUCGUGGAGGCCUACGUGCUCAAGAACGCCUACAAGGAGAAGCUCAGGCGCAUGGACCAAGCCGAAGCGGCGGCCGCGGCGCUCGACGGCGCGAGGAGCGGCAAGGACAUGGAGGCCGCCGGUGCUGCUGGAGAGAAGAAGGCUGCUGCUGGUGGCGCGUGCAGCAGGGGAGGCUUCUUUGGCCUCAUCAAGAAGAAGGUGCACCCCAAACCCAAAGCAUCGGCGGCGACUUCCUCUUGAUUAUAUUACUGUAGUACUUGCCAUGCCACGAAAUUGUAAGCCGCAGCUCGUAGAACUGGCCGCAGCUUUCUCAUAGCUAGGAGCGCGCGCGCGCGUGUGUGUAAGUUUGUUCUUUCGAUCAGCUUCUCUUGGAGGAGUGUGUAAAGCAAGUUCUUUUGUUAAUUGGUCAAAACAAGUUGACAGAAAUUAAG